GAAUGAGAUUCAGAUGUUGUGGUAAGGCCACAGCUACCCCUAACCCAUCACGCGUCCCUUUCUUACUUACCGAGCCCGCCGGACGGUAAGUACUAUGUUUGCGUCGCCAGAUUUAAAGCCGAAUCAGACGAUUGCACGCACCCUGAACCCUGAGUGGGACCCAGCAAACCCGUCGAGGUCGUCGAAGUACUUGCUGAGAGAGUUUAUCCAUGAUGGGAUCCCAUUCCGGGGUCUAUUUGAUAUACUCGGCCUUUUUCUCUCCUCGAUCGGAUUGCCCCUAGCAGUGCCACAACACGCAGCUUCUACCUACCACUCACUGCCAUGUAUUCUAAGUGGUGUACGACUCUUGGCAAUCUCAAACCAACAAUGUUUAAUUGCACGUGGAUCGCAACAGGGCAAGACCAAGGCCGCUUCUUCUUGGGCGCGUCCCUCAAAGGAUACAGUGCGCUGUUAACAAUUGGAACAUGGGCGUCAGUGGUGAAGGCAGCGCGGUUCUCCUUGAUUGAUGAUGAGGCGAUGGCAAUGAGCGGGUACACGAUGAACGAUUGCCCCGAGAUGAGGCUCACCGGGAACCGUAUUGCGUUCGGAAAUUGUGCAAAAACAUACCCUUUUCUUCAUAUACUGAAGCGCACUGACCCUGCAACCGUCCAUGGAAUCGCCUUACACGUACGAGGCGUGAUUCCACCAGCAUAUGAGGAUAACUCGUCUGGAGAAGUCUGGACCAAUGUGAGGAGAUUGUGUGCCAACUGUCAAGAGCUAGUUCGUAUGUGGGGAGGAAAUAUCGCGAACUUCGAGCAAAGUAGAGUGCAUAAUCUGGUACAAAAAGAAACCAUUCAAGACUGGUCAGCCAACUCAGUUGGAUCGAAAAGACAAGGGAUAACCUCCCUACGCAGAUCUCGAAGUCCUCGCUCAGCAAUAACAGUAGUAAUGUCAUACAGAUCUUGAGAAAUUAUUUCAGCAAGGACAUCAGAUACGCGCUCCCAGAGAUAGAAUUUGUCGCCCGAUUGGAAAAUCACCAUCAGGGAAUCCAUAUGUUCCAUUAUCGGCCUCGCUGGUGCAAGGCCAUGACAUCGAGCAAAAACCUGGCCCUCAGAGUUAUAAUCCGCCCAGUCGGCUUUAUACCCGGGACUUCGAGGAUUCGUGGUCCACCCCGGAGGGACGAUAAACUAGUAAAGAGAUCUUAGUGACUUCACUCAACCGGGCAGGGAGCUAGGAUGUCCUUACUGGUGGCAGGGUAGCGUUCUUGA